CAUGGCGGCGGCCAGUGUUCGGUGCGGCUUCCGCUGGGUCCUGAGGCUCGGAGCCGCUCAUCGGGAACCCGGCCCGCGACCCCCGCGGGGGCAUCGUCAGGAAAACCGGCUCAGGGACCGGACUCGGACCCUCCACACCGGCCCGAAUACCCAUCAGUGUGAAGAGACAAGCCAGAAAACUCAGAGUUUGAUGGAUGUUGUAAAUGUAACCUUUAUCGACCGUUCAGGGAAUCGGAUUCCUGUGAAGGGGAAGGUGGGCGACAAUGUACUGUACUUGGCUCAUGAAAAUGGGAUUGAUCUGGAGGGUGCAUGUGAAGCAUCACUGGCCUGUUCAACCUGUCACGUGUAUGUGAAUGAAGAACAUUUUGAUAAACUGCCUGAACCAGUUGAAAGGGAGGAAGACAUGUUGGACAUGGCACCGGUCCUGCAGCUCAACUCCCGACUGGGAUGUCAGAUCAUCCUCACCAAAGAGUUAGAAGGCAUGGAACUGACGCUGCCUAAAAUCACCAGGAACUUCUAUGUGGAUGGGCAUGUGCCAAAACCCCACUGAUGGGCAUUUGCUGGGGCCUGUGGUAUAUAGGGAGACUCGCAUCAUUCCAGUAAUGCUUCAAUCACAUGGUUCACUUUGUGAUGGACCAGCACCUAAUGGGCAGUCACUUCCACCUCAAGGCAGGGGCCGGAGAGGAACAGUAAAAGCAAUUUGUCAACUUGGAGUUGGGGAGAAGAUGGGCAACAAGAAGUUUAGGGGUAAAGGUCACCUUCUACUCAGCCCAGCCCCACCCCUCCCAUUGCCCUCCCAACGUCUCCCUCCCUCCCAUGAAUUCCCUGAGGACUUCCAAGCAGUGUGUAGAACUCCUGCUGGGGCCUCAUUACGCCACAGGAAAUUAUAUGUUGCUGGAACUCUCUGCCCCAUCCCAUUCUGACCUCUGCCAUUAAAGUGCUACCCAUCAGAUGGGACUAGCCUGUUGCCAUUUGGGACUGUGCUGUUAGCUUUUCAGUCCUCAUUUGUUCGCUGAGCUUUGUAAAGCCACAACCCAGCACGACUGGAAUCCCUAAUUCCGAGAGUUUCCUCCUUUUAUGGUGAAGGGGACAUUGGUUUCUGGGCAUAAAUAGAUAAAAUAACUUUUUCAACCGGGAGGUUCCGUCGCUGGAGUUGCUUCUUGAGAAGGACCACAGAGAAUGCUACAAUAAUCUAAAACAUAAUACAACAGAAGAUUUUGAAGUUGAAGUAUUUCUGAAGGAUAAGGAUCAAGUGCUGCUGUAAGAGAGUGCAGAUUUCCAGAGGGUGUUCAGGAAAUGAAGGUUUGCUGAUGAAAUGAGAGAGAAUUACACUGCAGCGUGGAUUCCUGGGAUUGGUUACAAAACUCUCUGGGAUUUGAGCACCAGACAGUUGAAGGCUAAGGCUCUGACUGAUUCAUCAAAGCUGCAAAGUGAGAUCCCUCUUCUCCCACAGAUCUGUGAACCCAAAAGCGGAUAAUACCUCAUCCAGGUUGAUAACUGCUUUGUAACCCACCAGAGAACAGUCUGUAUGGAUCACACUGUGGAUGUGCAGCCAGCCAGUGCAAAGGCUACCUGUCUCUCAGCCUCUCAAACAGCAAUGUCCUGACAACACAGUCAGUUCACAAGCUGCUCGAACACAACAGUGUGUUUCAGAGCUAAAUAUAAAUUACAAUAUUUCAAGCAAUGCUACAGUUCUAUUAGUUGGGGUGAACCAGGAAGGAUUGUUCUUUUUGUGUUACGGUUAGUAAAUGAGGCUGGAUUUUAAACAUGUGGAGUUUAUUUAAACUUUAUUACAGUAAAAUAUUGAUGCACAAAAUCUACAAUAAAAUCAGAUACAUAUUU